AUGGCACCAUUUGAAGCAUUGUAUGUGAGGAGAUGCAGGUUUCCUAUAGGGUGGUAUGAAAUUGGUGAGACAAGGUUGUUUGGACCUGAUCUUGUUCACCAAGCAAUGGAGGAUGUGAUGUUAAUCAGAGAACGACUUAAGACGGCUCAGAGUCAUCAAAAAUCCUAUGCCGACGUUAGAAGAAGGGAAUUGGAGUAUGAGGUUGGAGAUUGGAAGUGCAUUGGAGAUCACCCUUUAGUGGUGCCGAUUGACGAGAUCAAGGUGGACGAUUCCUUGUCUUAUGAAGAGGAGCCUGUAGCAAUCUUAGAUCGAUAA